AUGGAAAGUGCUAUUUUGGACGUGUUACACAGGAUCCAACUUCCGGACAAUGCUACUCGUAAGCACGCUGAAAAUGAAUUGGCAGAGAUUGUACGUUCCAAUCCUUCACAAGCUGCUGUAACAUUGAUAAAGUUAUCAGCUACUUCUAGCUUUAAUGUUGCUGCUAGACAAAGUGCAUUACUUAAUUUGAAAAGAAUUGUACCGUUAUUCUGGAGUGCAGGUUUUGAAUCAUUUGUUGGACCUGCUAUAAAUCAAAAUGCUAAAUCAUUAAUUAGAGAUACAUUGAUCAAUUUGGUGACAUCUGAUAAAGAUUCAAAGAUUAGAAAUGGUGCUUCUUAUGCAGUAGUACAAAUAUCUGCAGUUGAUUUCCCAGAUGAAUGGCCUGAUUUAUUAGACGUGUUAUAUUCCAAAAUGACUUCAUUAGAUCCAAUUGCAGUUCUUGGUGGUUUAUCAUUACUACAAGAAUUAUUUGAUGAUUUAGUUACAGAAGAAUUGUUUUUCGAAGGUGGUGUUGGUAAUGCUACCAUCACAGAAUGUAUGAACUUAUUGACUAAUGAACAUGCUGGUGAUAAGAUUAAAACAGCAGCUGCUAAUUUAUAUAAAUCAUGUCUAUUACAAUUACAAAGUCCUGCCGUUACAGAGGAUCCUAAUAAAAAAGCUGCAUUAGAACAACAUUUUGGACAAAUUGUUACACUAUUAACUGUCUUAUUACAAAAUCAUAUAUUGAAUAUUCAUAGUGUAACUUUAAGAACCACAUUAUAUUCAAUUGCAUACAUUUUAAAUACUGAAUUCCCUCAGAAAUUAUUCCCAAAAGAAGCUAAAUUGGCACUACAACAAGAAACCAUAAAUGAUGUGAUAUCAUCUUCAAAAGUUUAUGUUGAACUUGUGGUAUUGGAAAAUGAAGAUAAAUAUACUGAGAAUAAUGAUCCAGAAAUUAAUACUUCAAUCGCAUUAAGUAAUUUAUUAAUAGAACAAUUCCAAUUCUUAGGAUCAUUAGGUAAACUUCAAGUUUCAAAUAGUCCAGUUGAAUAUUUUUUAGAUUCAGUACUAGCCUCAAGUUUUGUUCCAUUAGAAUUAGAAGAUAAUUGGGUUGAAGAUUUUAAUGAAUUUGUUACUGAAGAAACUGGUGUAUCACCAACAUACCUUGUUAGAAAUGCAGUUUAUGAUUAUGUUUCAGAAUUGGGGAAAACAGACGCAAAUUAUAUUUAUCAAUGGUUAGUUAAUAAAUUAUUACAAUUUGAUAAAUCUGAUGAUUGGAGAAGUAAAGAAGCUUUAUUAUAUGUUUUAGGUGGAUUAAUGGAAAAUGAAAAUGAUAUUAAAUCAGAAACUCCAUUAGGUGAUGUCUUGAAUGGUAUUGCUUCAUUAUUACAAGAUAAUGAAAUCUUAGUUAGAGUUCGUGUUUUAUUAACAAUACCAGAUUUUCUUAAAAUGUUUGAAAAAUCUUUAAAUUCAUCAGAAUUUGGUAUAAAAUCCAUUGUGGAAUCAUUAAAAAUUAUUGCUUUAGAUCAAUCAUCAAUUUUGAAAACAUCAUUUUUAAUUUCAUUAUUAUCAUAUAAUUCAUUCUUAAAAUUUGAAUCUAUACCAAUUAAAACUCAAGAGGAUUUAUAUACAUUAAUUGAGUCAUUAUUAGAAGAAGCAAGGGACGAUACAUCACCUUUAUUAGCUGAAGUUCUGAAACUUGUUCAAAAAAUUCAAAAAACAAAUAUUAGAUCAUUAAGAAUCCUAAUGCAAUUAGCACAAAAAGAUCCAGGUAAUAUUCAAUUAGUUUUAGAUAUUGAAGAAGCAUUAGAAGAUUUAUUUGAAGAUCUUGACUUAGAUACAUAUGUUAAAUUUGUUGGUUCCACUAUUGAAGAUAUUAAAACAGCUAUUGGAGCAUUGGGACCAGAUUAUUCUGCAUUAUUGGUUAUGUUAUUACAAACAUUAAAUAUUUUCAUUUAUAGUUGUCCUGAAAAUAUUCCAAGAGAAUUAUUCCCAAUUUAUAAUCAUAUAAUAAGUACUGUAUUAUUAAAUACAAAUGAUGAACAAGUUUUACAAGUUGGAGCCGAGGGUUUUACAUCAUUAAUUAAUAAAUCAAGUUCAGAAUAUUUUGAAUUAGAAAUUGUUUUAAAAAUCUUAGAAAAAUAUUUUAAUCCAGAAAUUUCUGAUAGUGGUGCAUUAUUUCUUGGUUCAUUUGUUGUUGCAGUAUUGAAAAGAUUUGAAAAUCAAAUUCAAAAUGUAUUACCAAAUGUUCUUUCAGCUGUAACUAAUAGAUUAAUAACGGCUAAAGAAAUAAGUACAAUUGAAGAUUUAUUAUCAGUUUUAUGUUAUAUGAUUGAAAUUGAUUUAGAACAUACAAUGGAAUUUUUGCAAAAUUUAGAGAUUCAAAAAGUUUUCAAUAUUUGGUUUAAUAAUUUUCAAACUUUACGUGGUGAAAAAAUUGAAGAAAAUGUUCAUGCUUUAGGGAAAUUAUUUUCAUCACAAGUUGAAUUUAAUUUUACUGUGGAUGGUGAUGAAUAUUUUGAUCCAAAUUCUGAUAUUAUAAUUACAAGAUCAAUGAAACAUAAACAACAAUAUCAACAAGUAUCUGUUCCUUUUAAAAUCAUUAAACUAUUAGUAUUUGAAUUAGGUACCCAAUCAUUAACACAUGAUCAAGAAUUAGGUGAAUCACAUGGACAUGAUCAUGAUCAUGGUGAUCAAGAUGAUGAUGAAGUAGCUGAAGAUAUUGGAGAAGAUGGAUGGGAAGAUCUUGAUGAUAUUGGAGGAGAUUUUGAUAAAUUAAAAUCAUAUAUUGAUGAUGAUGAUAGAGGUCAUGGAGAUUCAAAUAAUGAAUUAAAGGGAUAUUUAAUUCAAUUUUUUAAAAAUUCUGCAUCACAAAAUAUUCAUAAUUUUAGAGAAAUUUAUGAACAAUUGACUGAAGAAGAGAAAUUAAUAUUAACAAAUAAUAUCGUUUAA